AUUACAAUCCUGGAACCGACAAACGUUUUUGGUCUUUCUUCCGCUAGCACUUCAUCGGCUAGCAUGAAUGCUAUGCUAUCCGGCACAACUGGCUUAGCAGCUGCAUCAGCAGUAACUGGUCUUGACUCCGCUGCUCUAUAUCAAGCUCAGUCUGCUUCACUUGCUCAGGGCAGCUCAUCGCAAGACUAUGUUAUGUCCUCUUAUCCUGCAUCAUUGAACCCAUAUCAAUAUGGCCAAUAUCCAUCGACAAACGCCAUAUCAAAUGGAAAUUUGCCAUCAUACUAUACACCUAACUACAUGACUGCAGGAAGCCAAAUUCAACCAUCUUACAAUAGUUUCGGAAUGGCUGUUUCACCUCUGAGUAAUUCACGCAAUUCAUCCAUAAAUAGCUCAACGGCUGCUGGAGGCUCAACCUCUUCCUCAGUACAACAACAGUCACCAAAUUGUCGAACAUCUAGAGUAACCUUCAAUGAACAGACUCAAGCUGAACUUGCUCAAAUGCGAACUUACAAUGGUAAAAUUGGAAAUGCCAAACCUCCCUUCUCGUAUAUCUCCCUUAUCACUAUGGCUAUACAGCGGUCAGAAUCCAGAAUGCUUACUUUGUCCGAAAUUUAUCAAUUCAUUAUGGACAAUUAUGCAUAUUACCGACAGAAUCAACAAAGGUCAGCAGGAUGGCAAAAUUCAAUUAGACAUUCACUCAGCUUUAACGACUGUUUUGUUAAAGUUCCAAGGACGCCAGAUAAGCCAGGAAAAGGCAGCUUCUGGACAUUGCAUGAAGACUGUGGAAAUAUGUUUGAAAAUGGAUGUUAUCUGCGGCGACAAAAGAGAUUUAAAAUCGCCGAUAAACAGAAAAAUAGAAAGCACGGUCAUAGCUCUCGAUCGAAUCAUAUAAAAGAAGAACAAGAAACAGAAGCAGCAGAUUCUAAGUUACCUCGAAAUAAUGAAGCAAAAAUGAACUUAGUUCCAGCACCAGCAAUUACUCGCUCACCGCCUAGCGAAGCAGAAACAAAUACAGGACCAAAUAUUGACCAGUCAGUCUUACUUCAACAAUCACUCCAAAACAGUACUUCACAGCAAGAUAUCACCUCAGAGCAAAUCGCUUCAUCGACUUCAUCUCAAAGAACUUCAGCAAAUAGCCAACCGACAAGUGUCAUAUCUGCUGUUGGUACAGUACCACUCAAUCCAUAUGCAACUCAAUAUCCUUCUUUUGGAAUUUAUUCUAACAACAGUGUGUCUGGCAUGACAGACCUAUCACAAUCGUCGCUUCCUACUCUCACACCAGCAGCCUUCCGAAUCGGUAAUCUUAUUGACAACUACAGUGUGUAUAACAAUAUGUAUACUGCUCAACCUUCCACUAAUCUCAACGAAUAUCCGUACCAGCAAACAAUCUACAGGUUCUUUAUUGUUUAUUGA